UAUUAAAUUUUAAUAAUGUUGAUCGUCUUUGAGGUUUUGUUAUGUAUCUGCAAAUUGGACUGGGUGCUGAAUUCUUCUAUUUUCCUUAAGAAUUUGCCUAUGAAUCUCCAAAUGAAUGUUCCAAUUUUCUCCCAUUCUGAUUUGGAAUCACUAAGAACAAAGACUGCCCUUGAAUCUCUUUGGAAGGGACUCAUAGUCCUCCUCACUACCCAAAUGGCAGCCAAAAUCCAGGGACUUGAACCUUAGAUAUGCACACAAAGUUCUUUGUGUUCCCCAAAGAGUCGGAUAAUUCCUUUGAGAUGCUGACUGCACAGCUAACAAACCCACUUGAGGCCUUGACCAUGUGCCUGCAUGUCUAUACCGAUCUGACCUGAGACUAUAGCCUCUUCUCUUAUGCCACAAAGCAACAAUAUAAUGAGAUCCUCCUCUUCAAGGGAAAGACUGGCGUAUACAGUGUAUCCGUGAGUGGAGCUGAUUUCUUUUUCAAGCCUCCUCAGAGUUCUCCUGCACCAAUGCACUUCUGUGUGACCUGGGAGUCUACCUCAGGGAUUACAGAGCUCUGGGUGGAUGGGAAGCCCAUGGUGAGGAGGAAUAUGAAGAGGGGAUACUCUUUGGGGACAGAGGCAAGCAUCGUCCUGGGGCAGGAGCAGGAUGCAUUUGCUGGGGGCUUUGAUAAAAACCAGUCUUUGGUGGGAGACAUUGGAGAUGUGAACAUGUGGGACUAUGUGUUAUCACCAGAAGAGAUUAGCACUGUCUAUGCUGGUGGGACCUUCAGUCCUAAUGUCCAGGACUGGCAGGCACUGACGUAUAAAACACAUGGUGAGGGACUUCCCUGGUGGCGCAGUGGUUAAGUAUCCACCUGCCAGUGCAGGGGACAUGGGUUUGAGCCCUGGUCUGGGAAGAUCCCACAUGCCAUGGAGCAACUCAGCCCAUGCGCCACAGCCACUAAGCCUGUGCUCUAGAGCCCGUGAGCCACAACUACUGAGCCCGUGUGCCACAACUACUGAAGCCCACGUGCCUAAAGCCCAUGCUCCUCAACAAGACAAGCCACUGCAAUGAGAAGCCCACGCACCACAAUGAAGAGUAGUCCUCGCUUGCCACUAGAGAAAGCCCGCGUACAGCAACAAAGACCCAAUACAGCCAAAAGCAAACCAACAAAUAAAUAAAUAAUUUUAUUUAAAAAAAUAAUAAUAAAAAAAAUAAAACACAUGGUGAGGUGUUCGUCAAACAACAACUAUGGCCCUGAGGCCCUUUUGUGAAACCUGAAGUUGCCUUUUGGGGAUUAUAGCUUACAUUUCCCUUGUCUCUGGCUCUGAUGUUUUACUGCCCUACACACUGGGCUCUUGUGCCCUGGGAGGAGUGUAUUUCCCUCUCCUUUCACCACUCUUUUUCCAUUAGCACAUGGGACAGUGCCAAGCAGAGGGUCUUAUACAUUUCUCCACAUUAGAAUUACCAGGCCACACCCCAAGCCAAUUAAAUCUGAUUUGGGGGGCAUGGGACCCAAGCAUAAAUGUUUUUUAAAGCUCUCCAAGUAAUUCCAGUGUUCAGCUGAGGUUGAGAGCCAUGGCAUUUUAAUGAGUGUUUAAGAAAAAGUGAGCCGACUUCUUCACCUAAAAGACUGCAUGUGUCUAACUGUAGUGCUGCCAAUAUUUUCAUUCCCUUUAUAGGAACACCCACCCCAUUUAUUGUGUUUUAUUGAAUUAUCUAAAGAAUACAGGA